ACAGCUCGGAACCUGCCGGAAGCAAAAUUCAAAAUGGGGAUUGAAUCUCUUCUGUUGGCAAAUCCGAUUUACUCAUUCAAAGAGUAUUUUGAAAUUUCACCUGGCCAAGAUGGGCAGAACAAAAGAACCUAAUCCAGAGCCGGUUAAGAUCGCUCGGGCAUUAGGGGAAAACUUAUCAAUCAACGUCUCAGAGGAGGAAAAAAAAUACAGAAACAGGAAUGGUCCAGAUGAUGUGAAUGACAUUCCCAAAGAAAAGCUCAAGUGUACAGUCUGCACAAAAAGUCUUGUAGACAUUGUAAAGAAGUCUGCUGAACCAUUUGUGCAUAUGAUCCUGGGAGUCUUGAUGUGCAAGGAAUGUUCCUCUUUCUAUGGAGACGGGUAUUUUUCCGUUGAUGAUGAAGGAGAUGACAAGUAUUGCCGCUGGUGUGGUCAAGGAGGUACCCUGUAUAUAUGCAGCAAAUGUACCUGUUCUUUUUGUAAGAAAUGCAUAAAGCAGAACCUGUCCAAGCAAGAUGUGAAAGACUUGGAGUCAGAUGACUGGCAAUGUUUGAUAUGCAAUCCUAAGCCAUUGUACGAUUGUCGUACAAUUUGCUGGUCCCUGCAAGAGUACGCUCAGGCCAAGAAGAACUCUCGAAAGUCAGACGAUGAAGGUGAAGAAGAAACAGCCAGUACAUCCAGGCGUGGAAGUCAAAAAAGAAGUUCUACAAAUGAAGCUAGAUCAAGAAAGCGUAAAGCUAGUGAAGUAGAAGAUGAUCCUAAACCAGAGAAACAAAGAGAGUCCAAGAGACACAAGAGUUCUGAUUCUUUAGAAGAAACCAAGCAAGUAACUUCAACUCCAAGUAGAAGAUCUCGUAACAUAAGUAAGGCAAUCGUUGAGAUUAGUUCAGACGAAGAAGACAGUAAACCUGGCAAAAGUAAGUCUAGAAAAAGUAAUAGUAAAAAGUAUGAAACAGAAGACGUAGAUGAAAAAUCAGCAUCAUCCAAAACACUCAAGAAAGGUAAAAACUCUGAAUUAGACGUCCAGUCAAAGAAAAGACCUAGCCGCACAUCUCAUAAGAAAGUGGAGGAAAAAGAAGAAGAAGAUGAAGAAGAAGAUGAAGAGGAAGAUGAAGAGGAAGAUAGCGACACCAAAAUUUCCCCAAAGAGAAAAACCCCCCAGUCAAGACAUCAAAAAUCAAAGUCCAAUUCUUCUAAAACAGAAAAAAGUCCAACAAAGAAACAUUUGAGUAAAAGUAAGAAAGAUAAACCAUCGGAAUCAACCGGUAAAUCACAUCGUUCAUCUUCUGUUAAAAGUGUAAAAAACGAUGACGAGGAAACUACUGAAACUCCUGUAAAACGCAGUUCACGUACUUCUGCAGGGAAACAAUCAUAUAAAAAUGAAAGUGAUACAGAAUCUAAGGAGGAUAAAUCAGAAUCUAAAUCGGAGAGAUUAGUAUCCAAAUCCAGAACUUCAAAGCACAAGUCUAUUGAUGGACCAUCUUUAAAAGCAUUGAAAAUACCAAAAAAUGCUAAAAAAGAGGUAGUUGAAGCAGCUGGAUUUAUAAAUUCAGCUCUUAAAGAUGUCGUAGAACUAAGCACGUUGAUGAUGAUCCGGUGUGAGAAGUUAUGCUCUAAAGCAGUUCAAUCUACAGAAGAUAUAUUGUAUGUUUUUACUAAGCUCAAGCAAAUGACAGACGCAGUUCACCAAAAUCUUAACUUGAUUGAAAAAGGUGUUGAUACCAAAAUAAGUACAUGGAAGGACAAAAAUGUAAAAAACGAAGAGAAGAAUGAAAAUAAAAUUAAAGAAGACCUCAGUGGUAAGGUAGAAGAUAACAAGGAGGCUCAAUCGAAAACUGAAGAGGAACAAAUGGAUGUAGACGAGAGUGAAAAUCAAGAAGAAGAUUCAGCAGUAAAGACAGAAGAUAAAGAAACAGACAGUGGGAAGGUAGACACAGAACUAAGUUCUUCUUUUGAUAAGGACAUGUCUUAUGAGAAACAGUCUGAAUCAGUUGACAGCAAUAAAGUAACUACUGAAGAAGAUGAAGAUGAACCUUCUGAGAAGAAUGAUGAAAGAGUUGUUGAAAAAAAAUCUGAUGAACCCGAUACUAAAACACAAACAGAAGAAACCGAUGAAACCGAUACUAAAACACAAACCGAAGAAACCGAUGAACCCGAUACUAAAACACAAACCGAAGAAACCGAUACCAUAAAAAAACCCACAGAAGAUGACCAGAAUAACACAUCAGAUCAAGAGUGUUCAAAUGAUAAAAAGGAAGCAGAAGUUAAUCAAUCUGAGAAAGUUGAAGAAGACGUUGACGAUAAAAAACAUGAAACUUUCGAAGAAAAUAAAAACAGUGAGUCAGACGAAGAGGUCAUUGACAAUGGGGAACAGGCUAAGAGCCAAGAUAAUGAAAACAGUGAAGCGUCAUCUGAAGAACUCGUUGACGAUAAGGAAAAGACAAGUCAAGAAAGUAGUGAAGCCAUUGAUGAACAAACCAAAGCAGAUAGAGCUAUCUCUGGUAAGGCUGUGUCUAAAGAUGAUUCUUUUAGUUUGGAGGCUAGUGAGGAUACAGAUUUGAUGGAUAAUAAUGAAUUUGAUGAUGUAAAUUGUGAUUUAAAAGAUAGUAAGGACCUAAGCGAGACGACUUAUACAUCAGUUGGCGCAGUUGCAGCUCAUGACCCAACUGAUAAUGGUGUAUUGGGACAAGAUUUGAACAAAGAAGUUUGCAGUAAUGAAAAGGAAAAACAACCAAAGGAAUCAGCCAAUAGUCAAUUAGAGGAGAGUGAGGCAGAAGACAAAAGUAAUGAGGACAAGCAAACGGAAAAAGAAGAAACGCCAGUGAAUGAAUCAACUGAAUCAAGAACUAUGGAAACUGAAGGACUGAAAAAUGGGUCAGUUAAUGAAGAAAGAAGACAAAACACAGAAGAAGAUAAAACACAUAAAAAUAAAGCAGAAGAAAGAAGGAAGGAUGAAGAUAGAAACUCCAGGACACAUUCUGACGAUUACAAGUCAAGUUCUCGAUCACACCAUUCGUCCUCGGGAGACCGCAACAGAUAUCCCCAGGACUCUAGGAGGUCUGGUGACCGCGACCGAGGUGGAUGGAACAGAGACAGGUACCAGGACAGGUGGUCAGGCGGCCGAGGUGGCUCACCUUACCCCCGGGGUGGGGACAGAUGGUCUCACAGAGGAGGCUGGGGCGGAGGCUAUCAUCGUUAGAUCUUGUGUUGGAUAGCGAGUAGCGACAGACUGAUUUUGUACAGAGGAAUUAAAACUUAACAGUCAGCAUCUGCAGCGGAGUGAGUGGAGUGAGUGUGUGUCAAGAAGUCAGUCAGUGGUUAGUGUCUAGUAUUAUAUUGUAUUGUCUGCGAUAUGAGGUGUUAGACGGUUCAGAUUCAACACACUUUGUAAAUUAUCAGUGUAUUUUAAACCUGUUCAAGCCACAAUCAAGUAGAAGAUUGGUAUAAAUUAGUAUUGAUCAGAGAAUAACACUAAAGCUGUAAAUAUAUUCAAUAGUUAUGUUUUAUCAAACAAAUUUAUAUUUUAUGUUCAAAGCAAAGCCAAGUGGCGGUUUGGUCGUUAAAAAUGGAUAAACCUUAGCUGUUUUCUUGAGUCGCGGGCUAAUAGAUACCCAACAAGGUCAUAACACCAGUGUUAGGCUCUGUGACCUUUGAUUGUGUUUAUACAAUAUCAGGCAAGCUAGCUCAACUCACAUUCUGACAUUUAUAUUUGGAAUCUGUUGAAAAUAGAUAGAUUACCACCCAGUUUGUCAACUCCUCAUUCCCAUACACCUUUUGUCUACCGUUUACCCCUCAAGUCCUUGUAACGGUGCAAACGGAGACUUUGGGAUGAGAAUUACGUCUACCUUACAUUUUCAAGAUAUAACUUGCUAAUCUCAGAAAAUAAGACUAUAUGGGCUAAUAGAUGCACAGUAAGCUUACAAAACAUAACACCAAUAUUUUUUCUUAAUAUAGUACUUGUUUAAAAAGUAGUUUAUGAGGGAUGAAACUAUCUCAACUAUAUCCAUUUAAAAAAUCCUAAUUAUUCACUUGGCUUUACUUUAAUACACCAGAAGUUUAUAUUUGUACAGAAUCUUGGUUAAGUUUGUACACACAGAUGUACUAAAACAUUGUUGUAGACUUUUUAUGCUUGUACUACUUCAAAUCAUUACAAAAAACUUAUCAAUAAAGGUUGAGGAGACUACUCAUGAUAAGAUUUGAGUAAAAUUAUUAUUAUAAACUCUCUGCUUAGGGGUGUGUGAGUAUUCUUGAUGUGUAUUUUCGAGCGAGUUUUCCAGAGCUCGACUCAAAAGCUUUUCAUGAAAACUGAUGUAUCAAGCUUUUAUCGUGAGUUUUCUGGAAGCUCUCUAAACGCAGUAUUCAAAAUCAAAAUCUGUUAUUUUAACAGUUACAGCAGAAUCAACGCUAACUCUUACUGUCAACUUACCUUAAAACAUACUUAAAUAAAGUUUUUAAAUCUGAGAGGAAAGGUAUUAAUAGAUUUUUUUAAUAUAGGCUCACCAUCCCAGUAUUUUUUGUAAAAAAUUGCUUUAACCACAUGUAUGGCUAAAUUGUAUAGUGUGUUGAGUAAUAAGUAUUUUUAUUUUAAACUAAAGUACGAUGUAAGCUUAAUUUUGAAUAUUGUUUAAAGUACCAGGUCUAAUCAUUUUGGGGAGUUUUAUUUUUAUAUUAUGAAGCAAUCAUGUGUGUAACUUUGCUAUUAAAAAACUUGACUCUAAAAAGCUUGAAAUGAGUUUUUUAUUCUAAACUCGACUUUACUACUCGCACACCCCUAUAUUAGUAAUACUUUACCAAAUAUUGGUCAAAUUUGAGGGUUUAAAAUAAGGUUAAAAAUAAUUACAAUAGUUAAAAAUGAACUCAAUUUUUCCUUCAAGUGAAACAGAACGCGUCUUUUACAUAUUUCUGUCACUAGAGUAUGUGGAAUAAAGCUAAAUGUUUAGUCCAGUAUGACAAACAGAUUUAGUUAAUCAGUCAGAUGAAAGGUUCCUUUCAAUCCACUCCAUAGUUGCCUUUACUUUGUCUGUCAAUCUAGAUCUCCUAUAAUAAAGCUAUUACCUGCUGUAUGCAGUAUUACUAUACCAUACUAUUAUUUUUGUUUAUGAUUUUUUACACCCUAACAAAAUCUAAAAAAAAAACUCAAAAUCUCAAUUUUUAAUAGUACAAAUACAAUAUGUUUUUAAUUAUUUACAAUAAAAUUUUUUAAUAUGUGUGUAUGUAUGUGGGUACUUUUUUGUUACCUCUUGUUUUUCAAACAGUAAAAGAGGUAUGUGAAUUCUUUUCUUACCUUUCACAGUUAUUUAAAAAAAACUAUAAUACAUGAAUGUAAUGUAAAUAUUGAAAUCGUAAUUUUUAGAAUAGAUUUUUUUCCUUGUAUAUUUAAGUCUUUAGUUUUGUUAUUUUCCUAUCUUACCUAGCUGUUUGUCAAAUUUGUGUUAUGCUUUAUAGACAUUUCUAAUAUGCCUGUCUAUUAGGGUUCCAAGCAGUUUAUUUUUUCCACUAUUGUCAGAGGCUCGAUCUUCUAAUGGCAUUUUGUUGGGAGAUGCAGUACCCAUCUUCAAGCACAUUUCAUAAAAAAUAAUCUUGCUUGGAAUGUUGUGAAAUUUCAACCAUACAUAUAGAAAGUAUAUCUGUAUUUACUUUUUCACUACCGUUGUACAAGAUAAAUUGUAGUUUAGAAUUAUUGUUUCAAAGUUUUCUUAUGUCUGUUAGUUUUAAAAUGAAUAUAAGUAAAUGGUUUUGUAUAAAAUUUA